CUCCUACGAGGAUUUGCGCAUCUGCACGGGAGGACGUCACCUCCAGUGGUGAAGAUGGCGACGGGUGUAGUAGUUGUUGGUGAGGGUAUUAGAAAACGGGUAACGAGAGAAGGGACCGGACCGUGUACUCAGUUUCCAGAUGGAACCAAGGCUUUGUUCCAUUAUAAAACAGUUCUAUGUGAUGACAAACGGACAGUGGUUGACGACUGCUGUCACAAAGACAAACCCAUGGAGUUGAUUAUUGGCAAAAAGUUCAAACUACCUGUGUGGGAGACUGCCAUCCGGACCAUGAGAGAAGGAGAGGUUGCCGAGUUUCUUUGUGACACAUCGCAUGUCGUUGACUACCCUCAAGUUUCCCGUAGUUUGCGAAGGAUUGCAGCUGGGCAGGAUCCCCGUGAAGGCCAAAGACACUGCUGUGGUGGCAUUGCUCAGCUUCAUGACCAUUCACUUGGAUAUGAAGAUUUGGACAAAUUACAAAAAGACCCUCAACCCCUCAUAUUCAUCAUCUCCCUUCUACAGGUUCAGGAACCAGGUACAUACAGGCAGGAUGCUUGGGCCAUGUCUGAUGAAGAGAAGCUAGCGACUGUGCCAGUACUCCACCAGGAAGGUAAUCAGCUGUAUAAAGAAGGAAAGACCAUUGAAGCAGCUGCCAAAUACUACGAAGCCAUUGCGUGCCUCAAGUCCUUGCAAAUGAAGGAGCAACCAGGAUCCCCUGACUGGAUUGAUUUGGAUUUAAAGGUCACACCUUUGCUGCUGAACUACUGCCAAUGUAAAUUGCUGGAGGGUGAAUACUAUCAAGUCCUGGAGCACUGUUCAUCAAUACUGAACAAAUACUCCGACAACGUAAAAGCGUUGUUCAAACGAGGUCGUGCCCAUGCUGCUGUGUGGAACGCAUCUGAAGCAGAAGAAGACUUCUCUAAAGCAGUGUCCCUCGAUCCAUCACUUGCACCGCUUGUUGCAAAGGAAUUGAAGAAAUUAGAGCAGCGUCUUCAUGAGAAGAACCGUGAGGACAAGGCCAGAUUUCAAGGCAUUUUCCAGUGAUUAUGAGGCGGAUACCUGUAUGUAAUUCAUCACGCCGCUCUACAUGGAAACAAUGUAUUCUCUAGAGAUGAGACUUGCAACAACUUACACUGUGGCUCUGCUCUCCUAAAGCCAUGUUCUAUGUCCAGGGAUCAGUCUUGACCAAUAAGCAUAGUCAUCCUCAUGGCAGUAUCAGGAGAUCAGUAUCACUUCAAACCGUGCUAUUGCAAGGUUCAGAGCAACUAUGUUACCACAUGUCUGGAAUAAAAGGGUCAAGCUCGGUACAGACCCCUGCCCCAGAGACAAGGCAGGGCAGAUAUCUUUCUUACAAUACAAAAGAUACUGGCUGUUAUUGUUAAGACAUCCCACAACACUGCUUCCUUUACACACCUAUACCUUUAUCCAUUGCCACUGUACAGACUCUGCACCAGCCAUAAAAUUUUAUUUACUUACAAAUAAAAAAAAAACAAACAAAUGUUUUAAAACUGUCACGUGCGGGCAUUGCGUUCUGUUUCAGCAAGGCAUUCUCUCACAAGAGCUCUGGCAUGAAUUAUACCUGGUAAAAUAAAAAAAGGGGAAUAUUAAUAUAUCAGACCAAUUCAGAGAGGAAAACUAAAUAUACUAUACUCCACAACAGCUACAUUAUUGGCCCCUACCUCUCUUCAGUCUCUCCAUUGCACUUUUACUUCCAGCAUAAGUUGGCCUGAUUUCUCUUCCCAUCUCCUCAAUCACAGACAACAGGUCACUGUACGUCCCCUGCGAAACAGCCUGCGACACAGCUGGCUUCACACCCUGUCGCAAAAUAUGUUCCAUUUAUUUAACAUGUUUGAGCAUUAGAGGGAAGCAUACAGCAAUGUAGUCUACAAAAAAUAAAUGUAUGCUUUGUUUAAAUUGUCUUGACACUCAGCUAAUUCUUCAUGGCAAUACUAAUGAAGUAUGUUCGUUCAUAAACUUUCACCAGUGUCUGAGAUUAAGACCCAGAGAAACCGUAAACUAGUACAAUAAAGAAGGCAGGGUGUUUGAAUGGAUUAGGCAAAGAUAACAGCAUACGAAUACACAGAAAACUGCUAAAAUGCAGCUAUCUGAAAACAUGUAAACCUACCUACUGAUAAAUACAAUUAAUAAAAUUCAUAUUGUACCUUCCCUUAUGUUUAUAUCGCUUAUAUAUGUACAGCUCUGCAUGUAGCUGUGUGUACCAAUAAAAAGUAUGUGUGUGAAAA